AUGGCGGAUUUGCCAGAUCGCGUUCAGUCAAGCCCAGCCAUGGAGGAGCAGAACACCUUCGUGGACGACGAGUGGGCGUCGCUCUUACUCGAUUCAUCAGCCGUGCCUCUCGCGGACAUCGAUAUUUCAGCUUUUGCCAACCUAUCAAGCGAUAUGCUAGAGCCGUUCCGCGACGAGACUACCAUACCGCAGGAUGAAGCAGGAGCAGCUGUUGACGUGGAACUCGGAAACCGGUCGUUUAGCGAACCGUUUCCGUUGAACACAACCGACGCGCUUUUUUGCGAUGAAGGUGGCGAUAUUCGCACAGCCGGUGGGUCGAUGCUAGUCGAUACGCCUCCUAGCGGCCGGUCGUCACCCGAGCCGUUAGCUUCCGUCAACGAUCACGGCCUGCCGUAUCUGGUGCAAGGAGGUAGCCAUGGCGCCGACGGCAGCAGCGACGGUGACUGCGCCAGUGGUGACUGUAGAAGCGGUGAUUGUGGGAGCGGUGGCUGUAAGGAGGGGAGCAGUCAGGUUGGGAGUCCGUGGCAUCAGUCAAGUGCCAUGUCAGCAGUUCCGUUUGCUGCUGCUGCUGCAGCUCCGCCGUGUGCCGCUACCCCUCCGUCGGCUACAGGCGUGGUGUCAAGCAUGGGCGGAUUAUACGCCAGAAUGUUGCCUUCGUCUCAGAAUUUGGGGACAGCAGCAGCAGCAGCAGCAGCAGCAGCAGCAGCAGCAGCAGCAGCAGCAGCAGCAGCAGCAGCAGCAGCAGCAGCAGCAGCAGCAGCAGCAGCAGUAUCGCUUGCAAAAGCAGCAGCAGCGCCGGCAGCAGCGGCAGCAGAAGCAGUUACAGAGGCAGCAGCAACAACAGCAGCAAGGGAAUACAUCAUGGCACUGGAUGCUGCCACGUGUACGGUUGCAAACGGCGUCCUUUCCCCUGGAAACGCUAGUUCUGGGAACGUUCAAAAGGAGUGCGAAAGCGGGGGAGCAGAGGCGCGGGGAUCGGUUGCUGGUGGUGGGAGUGGCGCUGCCGUUGCGGCGGAAGAUGCGGGCAGCGAGCCGAGCGAGGGGGAUGCGGGCGGGGAGGGCGGAGAGGGGGAGGGGGAAGGGGAGGGGGAGGGGAGGGAUGCGGAGACGGAGAAGCGGGAGGCGAGGCUGAUUAGAAAUCGGGAGAGUGCGCAACUUUCGCGGCAAAGAAAGAAGGUAUGCAGCCUCGCCUCGCACUCGAUCAACGUCAAGUUCCGUUCGUGCGCAAUUCAGCUGCUUGACGCCCGCAUCAUCGUUCUCGCAACACGCUAUGUGAAUCCCAACAACUCUCCCCCCUUUAACCCUUUCCCCCUUCCCCAUCCUUCUCCCCCGUUCCCCCGGCAGUACUACAUGGACGAGCUGGAGGCGCAGAUCCGCACCAUGUCCGCGGCGGUGGCGGAGCUCAACUCCGCCGUCGCGCAUCUCACCGCGGAGAAUGUCAGCCUCCGCCGCCAGCUCGCCUUCUUCUACUCCUCCCCUUCCGCCGCGUCCGCCGCCGCUGCCGCUGCAGCAGCUGGAACUGGAGCUGCUGCAGGGUCGGCGGGUGCGUUAGGUUCGGGAAUUGUCGCAUCAGGCCCGGCACGAGGUUCGGGUAGACGCAGAAGGGGAGGUUCGGCAGCAGCGGCUGUAGCGCCUCCCAGUGCACUCUCGCCCGGUCUUGUUCCUCCGAUCCUGGGAGGGUUGGCUGGGAUUGGAAGCAUGGGGGGAAUAGGGUUACCACUCGGGGCGUUAGGGUUACGCGGUUUGUUCCCCCCCGCUCCGCCUGUCCCGAUUCCGAAGCUGAAGAACGUGAGCCGGCCGGAGUCCGCGCGCAAGAAAAAAGGCGCGCCUGGGGGGAGUGGCGCGAAGGCGAGCGGUGGGGAGAAGGACAGGGGCGCGAAGAAGCAGAAGAUGGAAGGAGAUGCGCUUGUGGGUACCACGAGAGCUGCGGAUACUACGGAAGCUGCUGCCACUCCUGCUGCUUCUACUGGCGUAGCAGCUACAGCAGCUGCCACCGGGCCUGUCAGGCCCUCCUCGCCACCCCGUGCUGUCUCCGCCGCCAAGGCACCCGCUCUCGCCCUCGCCAUGUUCGGUUUCCUCCUCAUCCUCUGCCCCUUCCUGCCGCCCAGCGGCGAACUGACACGUGGCGUGGCGCCGGCGUAUCCAGGCUGGCAGAGCGGCGUUACGAGCUGGCAGGGCAGCGGGGCCGGUAGUUGGGAGCAAGUGGCCGGGGCCUGGCGCGAGGGAUGGCGUUGGUGGGGAGGUGGCGCGCAGAGGGGCGCAGGGAGGGGAGGGGUUUUGCAGGGAGAAGAGUGGGGAGGAGGGUUGGGAGGGGGUGGGUCGUUGAGGCCAGGAGGGCGGGUGCUGCUGGGUCUGGGGGAGGAGGAGGAGGGCGGGGAGGGGGGGAGGCAUGCAGUAGGAGGGGACGGAAUGGGCGUGUGGUGGAGGGACAGAGGAAAUGGCAGCAUUAGCGGUUCAGUACCACAGCUGCAGCAUGGUCAGCACUCGUCUUCUCUGCACUCCUCUUCCCUGGGCGCGUCGGUUUUGAACCCUGUGUGGAGGCACAGGGUGGUGAGCGACGCUCGGGUGGAGCAGCAUGCUGUUGACAGGCAGCAGCGGCGGUUCCCUGCCUUCGCAGCAGUGUCACGAGGCCAGGUGCCCAACCUCACAGCCGGCAGGGCUGCAGCAGACAGGGUUACAGCAGAUAGGCCUAGAGAUGGCAGGGGUGCAGCAGAGAGAGCGAGAGCGGCAGGCAAGGCCCUUGUGCCGUGGCGCCAGUGGUCCCCUGCAAGCACGCUCAGGAGCCAGUCAGCAGGCACUGCGAGAGGUGGGAGAGGUGGCAGUGGUGGCAGCGCUGGCAGCGGUGGCAGCAGUAGCAGCAGUGGCGCUUAUGGUCCGCGGGUCAGUGGGAGUGGCAGCGAUGGCAGUGCCUCUGCAGGGCUGAGGGCUGGGGUUGGCGGUGGUGGUGGUAGAGUGGCGGGUGCGCUACCAGGAGCAGCAGCAGUGGAGGGUUCAUUGCCGUGGGAUCAGCAGCACUGGCAGCAGUGGCUGCUGCAGCACAGCUCAGGCCCUCUGUUCCAGUCGCAUACAUGCACGGAGCUCUUCCGGUUUGACUCCCAUCCAACCCAAGCGGCGCAGGAGGGGGAGGCACAGGAUGGGGCAGGAGAGGCAACGACACAUUCAGCAGGCAGCAGCAGCAAGAGGAACUCAUCUGGUGGCUGUGCAGGCAGCGGCAGUGCAAACUCAAGUGCAACGGACAGAAGCAGAAGCAGUGGGGGCCACAUUCCGGGUUCCUCGCAUCUCAACUCCGCCACAGCUUCCGCCAGAACGACCACCAGCUCCGGCAGCAGCAGUAGGGUCACUGAGGAGACUAAGCCCUUCUCGCCCGUGCCUGUACCUGUGCCUGUGCUGUCUCGCCGCAUGUUCCUGCGGAGGCGAUAUUUGAACGAGCUGCCGGCGUCAAAGCAGGCCAUUCCUCUGCCUGACUCCAACCAGGCCAUUCCCCUCCUGCCUCCCACUCACGACUCCCAUGGGGUUGUGAAUACAGGAGGUCGGCACAGCGGCGCCAGCAGCACGACGAGUGUUGAUGUGGGCAGCAGCUUGGAACACAAUGCAACUACUGAGGGGAGUCCGAUUCGGUCGGUCCCAGUUGCAGUGCCUGGUCAGCAGCAGCAGAGUGGGUUUGGCCGGCAGAGCGCGUUCGCACAGCCUGAACCGGUCGUUGUGUCGAUUCUCUCGGGCUUUGAUGCAAGUAGCGUGGGAAGUUUUUUCCAGAGUGGGACGCGGGGAUUCGCUGCAGGAUUUGCCGGGCCGGAUGGGGGUGUGGGGUCAGAGAGAGUGAAUGCAGGGCGAACGGGCAAAGGUGCGGAGGAGGUGAGUGGAGGGAUGGGUGGAAGUGUUGUAGUGAUGGUGACUAGUGGGGGGAAGAAUGUGGCUUAUGCUUGUGCUUUAGGUGGCUCUAAAGGGAAGAGCAAGACCGCCACGAUGGUGCAGUAUAAUUUCAAGCGGAUCACGGUGGUCCCCACCGCCAAGGACUUUGUCGACAUCGUUUUGUCCAAAACGCAGCGCGGCACGCCGACGGUGAUCCACAAGGGCAGCGCCGUUAAUAGAAUCCGUCAGUUUUACAUGCGCAAAGUCAAGUUCACGCAGCAGACGUUUCACGACAAGCUCACGACGAUUCUCGACGACUUUCCGCGGCUCGAGGAGAUUCAUCCGUUCUAUGGCGACCUCCUUAACGUCCUCUACGAUAAGGACCAUUACAAACUCGCGCUUGGACAGGUGAACGUGGCGCGCGGAAUCAUCGACCGCAUUACCAAGGAGUACGUGCGCCUGCUUAAGUAUGGCGACUCGCUGUACCGUUGCAAGCAGCUCAAGCGGGCCGCGCUCGGUCGCAUGUGCACGCUCAUGCGCAAGCAGGGCCCGUCGCUCGCGUACCUCGAGCAGGUGCGACAGCACAUGUCGCGCCUCCCCUCCAUCGACCCCAACACGCGCACCAUCCUGGUGUGCGGGUACCCGAACGUGGGCAAGAGCUCGUUUGUGAACAAGGUGACGCGCGCGGAUGUGGAGGUGCAGCCGUACGCCUUCACCACCAAGUCGCUCUUCGUCGGCCACACGGACUACAAGUACCUGCGCUGGCAGGUGAUAGACACGCCCGGUAUCCUCGACCAUCCACUGGAGGAGCGCAACACGAUCGAAAUGCUCGCCGUGACGGCCCUGGCGCAUCUGAGGGCCGCCGUGCUGUUUGUGGUGGACGCGUCUGGCAGCUGCGGGUACACCCUCGAGCAGCAGUCAGCGCUUUUCAACUCCAUUAAGCCCCUCUUCCUGAACAAGCCGCUGAUGGUGGUGUGCAACAAGGUGGACUUGCAGCCGCUGGAAACCCUCUCAGAAGCCGACAGGAAGAUCCUUCAAGACAUGGCCGCUGAAGCCGCCCGCUGCGGAGGCCCCGGCAUCGCUCCUCCUCCUGCUGCUGCCGCUGAGGGAGGGGAGGGGGCGAUGGAGGCCGUGAUGGGUGACGGUGAUGGCGCGGGGUGUCUGCUCACCAUGAGCACCAUGACUGAUGUCAAUGUGGCUGCUGUCAAGAACGCUGCUUGUGAACGACUGCUGCAGAUGCGCGUGGAAGCCAAGAUGCGCAGCAAGCGAGUUGAGGACGUGGCGAACCGAAUCCACGUGGCCAUGCCGCGCCCGCGAGACAACAAACCCCGCCCGCCAGUCAUCCCGCAAGCAGUUCUCGACCGGCAGGCCAAGGGCAUCAAGCCGUCCGAAGGCCGCAAGCUGGAGAAGGAUUAUCAGGAGGAGAUGGGCGGUGCGGGCGCCUACGUCGCGGAUCACACGCGGCCGUACCUGCUGGGCGACGACACGUGGCGGCACGACGUGGUGCCGGAGAUCAUGGACGGGAAGAACAUUGCUGAUUUCGUGGAUGCAGAUAUCCUGGCGCGGUUGGAGGAGCUAGAGCGGGAGGAGUGGGAGAUGGAGCAGCAGGCGGAGGGGGUUGGCGAGGGCGAGUGGGGCGAGGCCAUGGAUGAUGAAGAGGAGGAUCUGGCACCAGAGGAGGCUGAGGCUCUGGCAGCCAUCAGGCUGAAGAAGAAGCGUCUCAUAACGCAUCGUCAUCGCCAGCGCAGCGUCACCGACAGCCGGCCAAUCCUGCCGCGCCACGCGGACACCGGCCGGCAGUUCACAGCGGAGCGCAUGCGGCAGGAGCUCUCCUCCAUCGGGCUCGACCCCUCCGCUGCCCUCGCCCGUAUCAAGGCCGGCAAGACCGGGGAGGGCGGGGACGUUAGUGGUGGUGGCACGGUGGCCAAGGGGAGGAAGAGGAGCAGGUCAAUGGCACGAGAUGGGAUGGAGGUGGAUGGGGAGGAGGGGAGGGGGAGACGGGGGGUUUCGCGGGGCCGGGAAGGGAAGCGGGACGGGAGGGAAGGGAGGGAGGAAGGGGAGGAGGGGAUGGAGUUGGAUGAAGGGAACGAGGAGAGGCUGAGGAAGAGAAUCCGGCACAUGUCACGGUCCCGGUCGCAGUCGCUGGGGAGGAUAGGCGGGACGGCGUCGGCGCUGGCUGCAGAGGCGGUGCCUGGGGAGGGGUUCAGAGAUACGGAGCAGAAGGUGGGCGCGAUUCAGCUGGCACGGAAGCAUGCGAAGAAGCGGAACGUGCAGAGCAAGAAGGGCGAGGCGGACCGCACGAUUGUGAACGUGCGACCCAAGCAUCUGUUCGCGGGGAAGAGAGGCAUUGGGAAGACCGACCGGCGGUAG